GCAGCGUGAAGAGUUCAAACGCGGGAAGAUGACUCUGUAGACACACACAAACGCAGUGCGGUUCCAUAAACAAUAGAACAGAAAGGCCAAAAAUACCAUACAAAAAUCAUACGCUGCGCAACCUAGAGACCCGACCUUGCAACACACUGAACUCCCAUUGAAGAACUCAAGACAUCAUGCAGGAUCCAUCCCCAGAUUCUGAGCGUUCCCAUCUCUCCUCGUUCACUAUGAAGUUGAAGGGCAAGUUUCAUUCACCAAAAAUAAAGAGAACCCCUUCAAAGAAAGGAAAGCAAGCUGACCUGACAGUGAAAACACCAGAGAAGUCAGCGAACAAAAAUGUAUCAUGGCUAGAGGAGAAGGAGAAGGAGGUCGUCAGUGCGUUGCGCUACUUUAAGACUAUUGUGGACAAAAUGGCAAUUGAUAAGAAAGUAUUAGAGAUGCUGCCAGGCUCAGCAAGUAAAGUGCUGGAAGCCAUCCUGCCCUUGGUGCAAACCGAUCCACGCAUCCAGCAAAGUUCUGCCAUCUCGUCCUGCUAUAGCCGUGUGUACCAGAGUCUGGCCAAUCUAAUUCGCUGGUCUGAUCAAGUGAUGCUGGAAGGUGUGAAUUCAGAAGACAAGGAGAUGGUGACAACAGUGAAGGGUGUCAUAAAAGCUGUUCUGGAUGGAGUCAAGGAGCUGGUCAGACUCACGAUUGAGAAGCAGGAGCAUCCCUCUCCCACAAGCCCAGUUAAACCCAGUUUACCAGCAUGUAACUCUGACAGCCCAUCAGAACUUCCCCUUACAGACCGAGAAAUGGAGAUUCUCAACAAAACAACUAAUAUGACUCAAUCCAACGAGCUACUGACUGACUCCAUGGAUGAAGAAGUUGCACCUCCUAAACCCCCUCUGCCUAGCAUUCGUGUGGCAGAAAACAGCCCUCCACCAGCAUUGCCCCCUAAAAAACGGCAGUCGGCACCUUCCCCAACCAGAGUGGCAGUUGUGGCCCCCAUGAGUCGAGCCACCAGUGGGUCCAGUUUACCUGUUGGAAUCAACAGACAGGAUUUUGAUGUUGACUGCUAUGCCCAGAGAAGGUUGUCGGGUGGAAGCCACUCCUAUGGGGGGGAAUCUCCUCGCCUCUCGCCGUGCAGUAGCAUCGGCAAACUCAGCAAGUCUGACGAGCAGCUCUCUUCUCUGGACCGCGACAGUGGUCAGUGCUCCCGCAACACAAGCUGUGAAACGUUAGAUCAAUCAGAUCACUAUGAUCCGGACUAUGAAUUCCUGCAGCAGGACCUCUCCAAUGCUGAUCAACCUCAGCAGGUGCCAGGUAUCCUCAGCCCAUUGCCAGAGUCCUUGGGUGAGUCUGGCUCCCCUUUCCAUGGACAUGCUUUCCAGCUCCUGCAGGGCAGCUCUCCUCCACUGGAAUUCUGCAGCCUCUCGGGAGCAGCACAGCCAACAGAGACUCCUCCAGCUUUACCAGAAAAGAAGAGGAGGAGCGCAGCCUCUCAGACUUCAGAUAACUCAGGCUGCAGGGUGUCCUAUGAGAGGCACCCUUCCCAAUACGAUAACAUCUCGGAGGAUGACAUGCAGAAUGCAGCGUCUGUCCCAUCAGUCCCCUUCACACCAUUUGCUGCUGUUUUGCCUUUCCAGCAAGGAAACUCUUCAGCACCAGUUGAAUUCAUUGCUGACUUUGCUGCUCCAGAUUCUAACAGUGACCCAGAAAAGCCACCACCUCUGCCAGAGAAGAAAAACAAACACAUGAUGGCCUAUAUGCAGUUUGUGGAAGACUACUCAGAGCCACAGCCGUCCAUGUUCUACCAGACCCCUCAGAACGAGCACAUCUACCAGCAGAAGAACAAGCACCUCAUGGAAGUCUAUGGGUUCAAUGACUCCUUUAUCAGCUUAGACCCCUCUCAAGAUCUGGCACCUCCUCCUGCUCUCCCACCGAAACAGCGGCAGCUGCAGGCCUCCUAUGCUGCCUCUUCUUUCUCUUCUGUCUCCUACUGUGUCCAGCAAACUAAAGUGCCCUUCACCCCCGAGGACACCGGUGCCACUCAGGGCCUCACUAUGUCAGUCUCUAACUCCUUUCUCAACCGGCACAGCUCCUUUCCUGUGCAUUCGUACAAAUCUGUGUUUAGGUCCUACUCCCAGGACUUUGUGCCUCACAACCAAGUCUCCAUACCUCCUUUCCUCUCUUCUACCUCCUCCUCCUGCUCCACCCCACCUUUCCCGUCCGUCCAUCCAUCUCAGAGCUCUGACCUAGCGGUGCCUGCCGCAGCCAGCCGGUCACCCAGCACUGUGGAUGUGCCAAACUCCUCUUCUCAGGAGAGCAGCUUUAACGGGAAUGCUCCUGUCUGCCUUCCUUCUGAAACCUCUUUCACUGAUUCUCUCCAGACGCCUUCGAGUGAAAACGCCAGUGAGGAGGCUGGUGAGGGUGAAUACGUCAAUCUGUAUUCCUCUGGCCAGAGCAACGGGGAACUCCCUCGCUCUGAAGGAGAAUCUCCCUCUAUCAAAGACGGCCACUCCAAAGACUCCACUUCGAACAGCAGUGCCAUGGGGAAGGAGGGCAAAGAUGGUGCUGAAAGGCAGCAGCAGUCACCAGAUGCUUUGGAAUCGUCACAGUUGGGGGAAGAGGUAGAUGAGCUAUCCCUUAUUGACCACAGUGAAAUUAUGGCUAGGUUAACACUGAAGCAAGAGGGAGAUGAUGGGCCAGAUGUUCGCGGUGGAUCCGGAGAUAUUUUGUUAGUGCACGCAACAGAGACCGACAGGAAAGAUUUGGUGCUGUACUGUGAAGCCUUUCUGACUACGUACAGGACAUUUAUUACCCCUGAAGAGCUCAUCAAGAAGCUGCAGUACAGAUAUGAGAAGUUUUGCCACUUCCCAGACACGUUUAAGAAGCGAGUCAGUAAGAACACCUUCUUCGUGCUGGUCAGAGUGGUGGAUGAGCUGUGCUUAGUGGAGCUGACGGAGGAAAUUCUCAAGCUGCUGAUGGACCUGGUCUUCCGACUGGUCUGCAACGGAGAGCUGAGCCUCGCCAGAGUGUUACGCAAGAAUAUCCUUGAUAAAGUGGAUCAGAAGAAAAUGCUGAGCUACGCCAAUUCCAUCAAACCUCUUGCAGCCCGUGGGGUGGCAGCCAGGCCAGGGACCCUGCAUGAUUUCCACAGUCAUGAAAUAGCCGAGCAGCUGACCCUCCUAGACGCCGAACUCUUCUAUAAAAUUGAGAUCCCAGAAGUUUUGCUUUGGGCAAAGGAGCAAAAUGAAGAGAAGAGCCCCAACCUGACCCAGUUCACAGAGCACUUUAAUAACAUGUCCUACUGGGUCCGUUCAAUAAUUAUGCUACAAGAGAAGGCCCAAGACCGAGAGAGGCUACUCCUUAAAUUUAUAAAGAUUAUGAAGCACUUACGGAAGCUGAAUAAUUUUAAUUCCUAUCUGGCCAUUCUUUCUGCACUGGAUUCUGCACCCAUCCGAAGGCUGGAGUGGCAGAAACAAACCUCAGAGGGCCUGGCUGAGUACUGCACGCUGAUCGACAGUUCCUCGUCCUUCCGCGCCUACCGAGCAGCUCUUGCUGAUGUGGAGCCUCCCUGCAUACCUUACCUAGGCCUGAUUCUGCAGGACCUGACCUUUGUUCAUCUGGGAAACCCUGAUUACAUUGACAGCAAAGUGAACUUUUCCAAACGCUGGCAGCAGUUUAACAUCCUGGACAGCAUGAGGUGCUUCCAACAAGUACAUUACGACAUCAAAAGAAAUGACGACAUAGUGUCAUUCUUCAACGAUUUCAGCGACCACCUGGCUGAGGAGGCCUUGUGGGAACUGUCCCUCAAAAUCAAACCUCGGAACAUUACGAGGCGGAAAACAGACCGAGAAGAGAAAACCUAG